UGCGCAGCUGCUGGGUGACGUUGUUGCACUUCAUCUGUGACUGUGACCUGUACAACGCGGAAGUAAGAUGGACGGGUUGUUUUUAAAGAAUUGACAAAUAGUAAAUCAGUAAACGAAGAACAUGUCAUAAAGGUUCCUGUCCAUUUAAGGAGGAGUUGGUUGGACUGGAUGACUGUCCAUGAAUGAUGCUUUUGUGGCUAUGGCAACAUUAUUUUUCCUCAAAUUACCAAUCCUUCUCCUGUUAGCCUCAAUCCUUUUGCUCUUGAACAUCUUGCCUUUUGGUUUACCAUCAGUCCCUUUUGAGUACUCCUUACUUCAUGACAGACAGACAUGUGGUCCAGGUGAAUCGUGGGCUGUCCAUCUCCAUGCUGGUUCAUACAGUGAAGAUCCAGACAGCAGCCAAAGCUCAACUUCACUGGAAGAAAUAGCCAACAGGGUAGCGGAGCAGGCAGGACUACAAAAUUUGGGUCAGAUUGGAGAACUGCGUGGCCACUUCUUGCUGUGUUCUGUGAAGACUAGUGUUGGUUCUGUUGGGGUUGCUGAAGAUUCCCUAGCAUCCCAUCCCCACGUCCUGUGGUUUUCCCGAGAAAAAACUCUUAGGCGGUCAAAGCGAUCGAUCAUCUUCAAUGACCCUGAGUAUCCUAAACAGUGGCAUUUGCACAAUGACGUAGAAAAAGGAAUGGAUGUCAACUUGACUGGAGUGUGGGAGCGCAACGUAACUGGCCAAGGGAUCACAGUGGUUGUGGUUGAUGACGGCGUGCAACAUACACAUCCAGACAUUCAGCCCAACUAUAGUCCAGAAGGCAGUUUUGACCUGAAUUCCAAUGACCCAGAUCCCAUGCCUCACCCCGAUACUCACAGUGACAAUCACCAUGGGACCAGAUGUGCAGGAGAAAUCGCUGCUGUGCCCAACAACAGCUUCUGUGCUGUGGGGGUAGCCUUUGGCAGCAAGGUGGCCGGUAUCAGGGUUCUGGAUGGACCACUGACAGAUAGCCUGGAGGCCAUAGCCUUCAAUAAGCACUACCAGGUGAAUGACAUCUACAGCUGCAGUUGGGGUCCAGACGAUGAUGGUCACACUGUCGACGGACCUCACCCCCUGGGAAAGGCUGCACUACAGCACGGGGUGAUUGCAGGCAGACGAGGCUUUGGAAGCAUCUUUGUUGUUGCUAGUGGCAAUGGAGGCCAGUACAAUGACAACUGCAAUUAUGAUGGCUACGCCAACUCCAUCUACACCAUCACAGUUGGAGCAGUUGAUGAGAACGGCAGGAUGCCCUUUUAUGCCGAGGAAUGUGCAGCGAUGCUUGCUGUGACUUUUAGCAGUGGGGGUAGCAAACUGAGGAGCAUUGUGACAUCAGACUGGUCUAUGCAGCAGGGGACGGGCUGUACAGCGAGCCACAGUGGUACGUCUGCUGCUGCCCCACUGGCAGCAGGGAUGGGGGAGGGAUUGGUGUCCCUUAUGUUGCAAUUCCGUCCCUGUCUAAGUUGGAGGGAUGUUCAGCACAUAAUUGCCUUCACAGCCACAAAGUGUGACAACAAUGCAGACUGGAAGGUAAACGGAGCUGGUUUCCUUCAUAGCCACCAACAUGGCUUUGGACUUCUAAGCGCCUGGAGACUUGUCAAUGCAGCCAGUGUCUGGGAGUCUGUGCCAUUUCUUGUAUCUUAUCAGAGCCCAGUAAUACUAGAGGCACAGCCCAUCCCUUCUUACCCAGAUGAGCUGAUUCACACUUGGAACGUAUCUGCCUCUGACCUGAAACAAUCCGUACUGGAAACAUUGGAACAUGUAGCUGUGACUGUGACAGUAACACAUCCUUGUCGUGGCAACUUGGAGCUAGUGCUGGUCUGUCCCAGCGGAAUGAUUUCAGUCAUCGGUGCACGCCGAGCCAUUGACAGGGACUCCUCAGGUUAUCAGGACUGGACUUUCUCCACGGUGCGCUGCUGGGGCGAGAGAGCAGAGGGCCAGUACACCCUUAAGAUAUCUGACCACAAGGACAUGUCUUCUAAGAGGUGUGCCUCUAUGGGGAUGUUAAAGCAGUGGAAGCUGACUCUUUAUGGCUCCUCUAUGACAUUCAACGAGGUCCAACACAGACAGAGGCUGGUUGAGGAGGCUAUGAGUGGCAAGUUUCUGGAUGACAGCUUCUCUCUUCCUUGCCCUCCUGGUCUGAAAAUUCCACCGGAGACUGUUAGCCCUUUUACCUCCAACAACUUAAAGUUUUUGCUUCUGUUAGGCUGCUUCGCACUCUUCUGGUCACUCUACUACACCUCAGAGGUCAUAUUGUCCAAACUAGACCUCCGGGACCUUUGUUGCAAGCGUGAGAGGAAAAGAGGUCAGUGUGUGAGAAGGAGACGUCAAGGAAGACGAGUAGAGGACGCAGUCAGAGAGGAGAAGGAAGUGGCAGUGGACUCAAGGGUGGAAAUGCAAGGAAUUUUUAAUUCUGAGGAACACAUUUCAACAGAGACUGACUGGGGACAAAGCAGUGAGGUUUAUGCACUGAGUCAGUUUGGACACGGACAGUAACACAGUCUUUGGAACAGUGACGAUGAGAGACGGCUGAACUGUAUGUCCAAAGGAUGUAAAGAGUGUUAUUUACCACAGGCCACACACAGGCUCAACAUUCUGACUUUAUACAGAAUACUGUGUGUUUAGACACAUCUGUGUGAAAGUACUGUAUGUGUGCAGCAAAUGUCCGCUGCUAAUGUUGGUGCUGUGCUCCUCUGUAGCAGUAUUUGGUUAGAGUAAAAUGCACAGAGUUUGAGGAGCAGUAACCAUAUGAUUGUUUAUAAAGGGAGAGGGGCUUUGUUCAUGGUUGAUUGUAUUUUUGGAUGGGGACUGAUUUGAUUUUUUUUUUUUAAUGUCUUGCAGUGUGGAUACAUUUGAAAUGAUAUUUUCUAGACAGGAAUUAAUAUUACGGGAUGAGAUUAUAUAUAUAAUAUGUAUAUAAGUAUGUACAUAUGUAUUUAUUUAUAGCCAUUUUAUUAUUUGUUAAUAAAUGACAACAUUUGUAAGACUCUCCACUGUGCCUUUAAUGUACUGUAACACCCAUAAUUAUUGCUACAGAUGUUACAGUCACAAAUACAUGCAAUAUUUAUUGUAGGAAUGUGAAAAUGUGCAAUAAAAUGGUUUCUGUAAUAAAAUUAA